GAGAUUUGCGCCUAUUUUUACAGCUAUUCACUCAUCAAAACCUACGGACACACAAAGGUAUUAUGCAUAGGACUAGCCGGUAACGUAGCCAGGUUUCUGUAUAUAUCGUGGCUAACGAACCCCUGGUGGGUAUUGCCAUUUGAGUUGAUCCAGGGCGUAACCCACGCCACGGUAUGGGCGGCCGCCUGUAGUUACAUAACACAACACACGGAACCCCAGUUGAGGUCAUCCACUCAGGGGGUACUCCAGGGGCUACACCACGGACUGGGCCGGGGGUGCGGAUCCAUCAUUGGCGGGAUGUUUGUCAACCGAUGGGGCACUCAGAUAACGUUCCGUUUGUACGGUGUGUUGAGUAUUGUGGUGUUGGGCGCCUUCAUUCACGUCAACUACUAUAAGCCCAAAGAGGGCUAUAAGUUCUACGAGGAGGACACGGAUCAGGUGGUGAUGGACAGUGCGAGCGCACUGGCACCCCAUGGCGUGCCCACCAACCCUAUCAAUAGAUCCCAUUCCCGCAGUAAUAUUCAGCAGCAAAGCCCCGACCAGCCGGAGUCCAAGGGUGACGCCAACAACGGCACCAACCCUUUCAAGUCGGACGACCCAUACCUCGACCCCAAUCACGCGUGGAAUCAAACCUAUCAAAAUAGUGUAAAAUUGGGGAAUCAUUUCAAUUUGGUAUCUCCGGAGGGUAACUGGGAUUUAAGUGCUAUAAGAAAACACUUUAAGAUGUUAAAUGAGAUGCAAAUCUAUAAUAAUUACAAUGAAUGGGCUGUCAGUGAUCUCAUCAAAAAUAUUAAAACAGAAACAUAUCAACCAAUUAUUGAAUGCGAUUCCACUUACGACUGGUGAGAGAGGGGACUGGUAUCUAAUAGGUCUGUCCCAUGUA